UAUAGAGGCAUCGCUCUCUACCAAUACGGAAUAUAAUGAAAUACCAAUAAAGAAAAAUGACAUAAAUGCUUUCGUAAUAAGUUCCAUAUUCUCCUGCGCAACAGAAUAGGAGAAAUGCAGUCCCUAGUCGGAAAACAUUGCUUCAUCACGGGCGGCAGCCGGGGUAUCGGGUUAGCCAUCGCCAGGCUCUUCGCCGCCCAGGGAGCAGAUUGCACACUUAUCGGACGUGAUGAACACACUCUCCUAAGUGCUGUUAAUUCUCUACAUCGACAGGAACGUUCCCCACAGCAGCAUUACACGGCCGCCUUCGACGUUUCGACGAAGAAUGGCUGGGAAAAGCUAAUAUCUGACUCCAAAUUACAAACCUGUGAUGUUCUCGUCAACGCGGCCGGCGUUUCGCAGAACUCUUUCUUAUUCAACACCAGCACAUCAGACGUGAAUCAGAUCAUUGCCACUAACCUCACGGGCACCAUAUGGAGUUGUAAAUACUUCAUACCCAAGAUGAUGAAGCAGAGAAAAGGUUGCAUUAUUAACGUAGCUAGCCUGCUAGCUACGCACGGGGGACGGGGGGCAAGCGUCUAUGCCGCGUCAAAAGCCGGCGUCGUUGGUCUAACGCGAUCUCUGGCCUGGGAAGUCGGCCGGUUUGGCAUUCGUGCCAAUGUCCUCGUACCUGGAUAUAUCCAGACCGAUAUGACGAAAGACAUGGAUCAGAAAAGUGAGCUAUCUGCUCUCAUCCCUCUUGGACGUCUCGGCUUGGUCGAAGAGGUGGCAAAUGCUGCAUUAUUCCUAGCCCAAAAUUCCUACGCACACAACUGCGUCCUCAAUAUCGACGGAGGCUUAAGUGCAACGUAAAUCUCGUCGAGUUCUCAUUUACCAAAGGCAAUGAAUACUCAAUCAAUAAUUUCUAUCGCACCGGUACCAGCGUCAUCAUCAAUAAUGACCACAUCAUCGUCAUUCUUCGCCUUCUUGGCUGCUGGAGAUGCUCCAUCUUCCGUGAUUAAACGCUUCUUAGGGAUACUGGGCUCUCCAUCGGCAGCACGCUUGCUAUUGGUCUGGUU